AUGGUUGAAUUAAAUGGAGAAAUUGAUAUUCCAUAUGGAUUAUAUAUGGAAAUUGAAAAUAUUAAUAAAAAGAAACCACUAAAGUAUUUAAUAUCACAUUCAACCUAUAGUUGCAUUUGUAAAGAUGGUUUUGUUUCAGUUGAAUGUGAAUAUCAGAUUAGAGUAUUUGAUAGAAAAGAAAGAGGAAAUAAAGAAAUAGGAAACUCAAUUAGCACCAAAGAAUCAAUUCAAUUAAUUUCCCAACAAUCAACAAUAUUAGAGAGUACAAUAAAAUAUUCAAAUGGUAGUAGUAGCACUGGCAAUAGUCUUCGUAAUAGCGGUGGAAGUGAUAUCGAGAAUUGGGAUGAUGGUGAAACUGUUGAAGCAUCCAUUUUAACAUCUGGAGAAUACUAUUAUUUACAUAUUAGUAGUGCAGGUAGAUAUUAUGUAAAAUUAUUAUUAUCAACACCUUAUUUAACCUCAAAAGAAGCUGGUAUGAAUUUACCAAUUCCACAAUGUUCAAAUAAUUCAGUAUUUUUUAGUGUACCACAUAAAGAUGCAAAUAUUAAAAUCUUUAAUUCAUUCAUUGAUCAAUCAAAUUCAAGUUUAAUUUCAGAGAAAUUAAAUUUAUUAACUUCUCAAUCAACAACAACAUCAUCAAGAACAACAGCUUUUGUAAAACUUGCAAAUGAAAAAUCAUUAAAAGCUCAAUGGACUGUAAAUGAUGAAUCGAAUCAAAGUACUGAUGUUAAUAAUAGCAAUAAUAAUAAUAAUAAUAAUAAUAAUAAUAAUAAUAAUAAUAAUAAUAAUAAUAAUAUUAAUAAUAGUAAUAGUUUAGCACCAAAAGUAACUUCCAAACCAAAUGUUACAGUAAUUCAAAAUAAUUUAUGUUCAAUUGGUGAAGGAUUACUAUCAAUGAAAUCACAUUUUGAUUAUAAAAUUAUAGCUGGUACAUUAUCAUUAUUUAAUGUUGAAAUUGAAAAUAAUAUUAACAUUAUAAAUGUUCAAGGUAUUGCAAUAAAGAAAUGGGAAGUUUUAGAUAAAGUUAAUUCAAAUUCACCAUCGUCAUCAUCAUCUUCUUCUUCUGGAUUUAAUAGAAUUAUACAAAUUCAAUUAGAUUAUGGUAUUGAAAAUUCAUAUAAAUUAUUAAUAACAAGUGAAUAUUCAAUGAAAGAUACAAGUGGUGAAUUAUCAAUACCAUCAAUGAGAUGUAUGGGUGAAGAAAUCUCAAGACAACGUGGUUUCCUUGGAGUUGAAGCACGUACAAAUGUUGAAAUCUCUGAUAUUGGUAAUGAAGGAUUAAGUGUUGUCGAUCUUAAAGAAUUACCACCACAAAUUAGAUCAAUGGCAAAUCAUCCAAUUUUAUUAAGUUAUAAAUUCCUAGAACCACAAUUUAAAUUGGCACUUAAAGUUAAACGUAAUAAAGAUUGUGCAGUAUUGGUAUCAUUGGUUGAAAGUAUGAGUUGGGUUACAACGGUUAGUUAUAGUGGUAAAAUGAUUCAUCAAAUGGUAUUACUUAUUAAAAAUACACAAAAACAAUUCCUAAAGAUUCAAAUGCCAUGGGAGUAUGAAAUUUGGUCCACAGUUAUGGAUGGUGAACCAAUCAAACCAUCCAUUGGUGAUUCAGAUCAACAAUUAUUAAUACCAAUUUUAAAACCUGGUUGUUUUGAUCAAAAUACUCCAAUUAAAGUCGAAGUUGUAAUUUUACAAAAGAAACUACACAAGUUUAAUAAUAAUGGAAAGGGUAAAUUUAAUUUCGUAGUACCAAAAAUUGAUUUACCACUUCAAAAUAUAUUUUGUACAGUUUAUUUACCACCAUGUUUAGCUUCAAAUUGUAUUGGAAACUUAAAGAAUGUUGAAUCAUUUUCAUUAACUCCACCAUCUGCUUCAAAUAUUAGUGUUAAUUCAAUGAAGAGACUACAAAAUGUUGGUGGUUACUCUCAAAAUAAUGAUAUCACCUCUUCAUUUUCAAAAGUUGGUUUUAAAUCUGCAAGAAAAGCACCAGUUCAAACAAUAUUUGUCGAAAUACCAACCACUCAAAAUCAAAUCAAAUUUCAACAAAUUCUAUUAUCUGGUGACAAAGAUUUAACUUUUGGUUUCGAUUAUAAAUUGGAACAAGUUAAACAUUUUAGAAAUACAAAUUUAAAUAGAAGUCGUGCAAUUACCAUAAAUCUUAUACUCUUUAUUUUAUUACCAAUUCUAACUUUUUAUUAUUAUUUUUAUUUAAAUAGAAAUAAUAAGGUUGAUAUAGUCUUUGAAUAA